AUCUAUGAAUGAUCACAGAGGUCACAUGGUACAAGGCUGUUGUGAAUAGCCCUGUACCAUGUGAUCUCUGUGAUCAUUCACAGAUUUCACACGUAGUAAGCAAUGGUGUCAGAAGUGACAUCAUUGCUUACUACUUUCCUGUGAUCACUGAUUGGCCAAUCAGUUCAAUAUUUUAUUUAUGACUAUAUUCAAUUGUCCAAUUACUUUUGGGUGCUCAUGCCCGCACAGGUGUAAACCUAGCCUAAAGCUGGCCAUACAUUGGCAGAAUGCCAAAAGAAUUUUCUUUCAAAAAUCUUUAAUAAGAAUUUUCAUUUGAAUUUCA